AUGUCUGCGUCUGUUACUAAUAAUCAGGGACCUUUAUCAUUCGAAGAAGUCUAUGAUAUAGUAAAACGUAAUGACACCGCCAAGUUUGAUCUUGUUUAUCGAACAUUAUUAGAUAAAUCAGAAUAUUUAACUCUUAUACCAAAUAAUGAAAUUUAUUCAAUUCUUCAUCAUAUUGUUUCACAUGGUGCACUUGAUUUAUUCAAUAAAGUCAUAGCUAUCCCUAAUAUACGUGUUAUUCUAUUAACGAAAUCAUUAGGUAAACCAGGAAAAGAUAUUCUUCAAAUAGCAGGUGAAAAUCGAACGAAAUCGAAUAAAUACAAACAAUUAUAUCAAACAAUUGAUCGUCUUGUUCAAAUGGAUAAAUUUGCUGAGUAUGGUAAAAGUAAUGAAAUAGACGAAUGUAAAAAAAUGCUUGCAUUAGAUGAAGAUUUAGUCAAUCAAAAACCACCAUAUAGAAAAUAUUAUUUAAUUCAUCAUUUAGCUUAUGCAAAUAAUAGAGAAGCAUUUGAUCAACUUCGUGAAUUAUGUAAUUUUGAUAUGAAAUUAUUAACAAGCGAUCAAAAAACAGCAUCAGAAGUUGCUUUCCAACAAGUUCAUACAGAUUUUGCUAAUUACCUGGAAACAUUAUCACCGGAAAUGCGUGCUAUACGUGAACAACAUCAAAAAGAAAAACAAGCACAAAAUCAAGUACAAAUAAAACAGGAUGAUCGACUUGAAAAACUUCUUAUUGAAUUAGGUGGAACUAACAUGUUAGAUCGUUUUACAUGUCCAUUAACAAAAGAAAUAUUUCAUGAUCCUGUUGUAUUAAGUGAUGGUUUUACAUAUGAAAGAUCAGCAAUACAACAAUGGCUUGAUUUAGGCAACCAUCGUUCGCCUAUGACAAAUAUAGAAUUAACCAAUGUUGAACUUGAGAAGUUAUUCACAAAACAACGUAGAAUUUCAUAG